GGUGGGAGCUGCCGCACUGCCUGCUGCCUCGAUAAAACCCUGAGCCAUCAGUGGCACGCGGCAGCAGACGCAGGAACGGGGACAUCGCACCAUGGGCAACUGGCUGGUCAACCACUGGUUCUCAGCCGCCGUCCUCGCAGCCUGGCUGGGCAUCAACAUCUUCCUUUUCACGUACUACUUUCUGUUCUUUGACCGGGAUGAGCGGUAUUUCUACACCAGGGCCAUCCUUGGGUCUGCCUUGGCGUGGGCACGAGCAUCAGCCAAGUGCCUCAACUUCAACAGCAUGUUGAUCCUGCUGCCUGUCUGCCGCAAUCUCCUCUCCUUCCUCCGCGGGACCUGCUCGUGCUGCAGGCGGACAUUGCGGAAGCAGCUGGACCACAACCUCACCUUCCACAAGCUGGUGGCCUAUGCACUGGCCCUGCUCACAGCCGUGCACACCAUCGCCCACCUCUUCAACCUGGAGCGCUACAACCACAGCCAACAAGCCACCGAUGGCAGCCUUGCCGCUGUCCUCUCCAAGAUGCACCUACAGGGCAGCAACAAGUGGCUGAACCCCAUCCAUUCCAACCAGACGACCGUCGAGUACAUGGCCUUCACCACCAUCCCAGGACUGACGGGGGUCAUCAUUACGCUGGCACUCAUUCUUAUGGUCACGUCCUCCACUGAGUUCAUCCGCAGGAACUACUUUGAGGUCUUCUGGUACACACACCACCUCUUCAUCAUCUACUUUGCUGGUCUUGUCAUCCAUGGUAUCGCUGGUCUGGUGCGUGGGCAGACGGAGGAGAGCAUGGAGGAGGUGUCCCCCCAACGCUGUGCCUAUUAUCUCACACACAAGGAGGAGGACUGCAGACAUGACUGCUGCAAAGACCCCGAGUUUGGGAGCAUCCCUGCUGAGUCCUGGAAGUGGGUUCUGGCCCCUGUCCUCCUCUACAUCUUUGAGCGGAUUCUCCGGAUCUGGCGUGCGUGGCAGAAGGUGGUUGUCACCAAGGUGGUCAUGCACCCUGCCCGCGUGCUGGAGCUGCAGAUGCAGAAGAAGGGCUUCCGGAUGGAGGUGGGGCAGUACAUCUUCGUCAACUGCCCCGCAAUCUCCCUGCUGGAGUGGCACCCCUUCACCCUCACCUCAGCACCCGAGGAGGAUUUCUUCUCUAUCCACAUCCGGGCAGCUGGCGACUGGACCGAGCGUCUCAUUGACACCUUCCAGCAACAGAAGCUGGAGAUGCCCAGGAUUGAGGUGGAUGGCCCCUUUGGCACAGCCAGUGAAGAUGUGUUCCAGUACGAGGUAGCUAUGCUAGUGGGAGCAGGCAUUGGUGUCACCCCCUUUGCCUCCAUUCUGAAGUCCCUCUGGUACAAGUUCCAGCAUGAUGACCAGACCCUCAAGACGAAGAAGAUCUACUUCUACUGGCUGUGCCGGGACACAGGAGCCUUUGCCUGGUUCAAUGACCUGCUUGCCUCGCUGGAGCAGAAGAUGGCAGAGUCAGGCAAGGCAGACUUUCUCACCUACCGUCUCUUCCUCACCGGCUGGAACAACAGCAUUGCCAACAAUGUGGCGCUCCGCUUCGACACCGCUACAGACACAGUGACAGGCCUCAGGCACAAAACCAUCUUUGGGCGGCCCAUGUGGAACAGUGAGUUUGCGGCAGUGGCUGCAGCCCACCCCAGGUCGGUGGUCGGUGUGUUCCUGUGCGGUCCAGGGGCCUUGGCAAAGAGCCUGCAGAAGUCUUGCCACCAACAUUCCAGCCUGGAUCCCAGGAAGGUCAAAUUCUACUUCAACAAGGAGAACUUCUAAGUGGCAGCCAGGCUGAUAUCCUAGCAGGCUGGGGAUCCUGCUGAUCUCACCUCAACACCUGAGCGAGUCAGCGUGGCUGAGGAUAAGCACACACCGAAGAGCGUCUGCACAGAAUCAAGGCAAGAUUCGACCAGGUACUCCUUCUUCAUGAGAAACUCCAGGUUCAAAGACUGCUGCCUUCUCAACCUGGUCUACAACGGGUGCCCACCGGGAGAGUAGGCCUGCAGCUCUGCACUGAUCUCCUGUCGAGAAACCAGUGGCACAUGCUGCAAUGGUGCUGCUAGAGCCGCAGGAAGCGUUGGGAGUGCCCAGCAGGUUGGGUGGAACCACAGGACAGGGAUGGGACACAAAUACACCAAGCAGGCACCGGGGGUUAAAAAUGCCCCUCUGGGUUUAAACAGCCCUUUGUAUAAA